GAGUUUUUGCUAAGAAUGCUGAAGGUAGAUCAUUUUCCACCAUGUAGUACUUUUGAUAAAUGCCAAAUGGUGAAACCCAGCUUCGCAGCUGGUUAAGUUAUUCAAAAACGCAAGACUCGGUAUUUUGUUUUUGUUGUAUACUAUUUUCCAAAAGAAGAGGAAAUGAACAAUCUACACAGGAAAUGAACAAUCUACAUGGUUUACAGGUAGCUAUAACAACUGGAGAAAGCUGUCAACUGUAAUUCAAGAUCAUGAGCGUUCUAUUUGUCACUUUAAUUCGUUUAUUGCUUCGAAAGAAUUACUAAACCGACUAAAUUUACGUUCGACUAUUGAUAAAACUAAUCAAGUUAAUAUAAAUAAGGAAACGGAACGACUUAAAUUACUAUUUCAAAGAAUUGUAGAUGUGAUUCUAUUUUUAUCAUGUAAUAAUCUUCCACUUCGAAGAACCCAUGAAAUAAUAGGAACGCUUAAUAAUGGAAAUUUUUUAACUUUAAUCGAAUUAUUAAGUAAAUACGACUCUGUGCUAAUGGAUCAUAUAACCAGAAUAAAAAAUUCGAAAAACAGAAUUGUGCAUCAUUUAUCACAUAGCUCACAAGAACAAAUUAUCUCUGCAUUAGGAGAUGAAGUCCUUAACAAAAUUAAAGACGAUAUAAAAGCAGCCACAUACUAUAGUAUCCAAAUGGAUUGUACUACUGAUGUUUCCCAUAAGGAACAAACUUCAAUCAUUAUUAGGUAUGUAAAUUUUGAAAAGAAAAGAUUAACUAUAAAUGAGUCAUUUAUAGGCUUUAUUGAAGUAACUGAUGUUACUGGAGAAGGACUAGCAAAAACUCUAUUGAAAACAUUAAGUGAGAUUGAUUUAGAUAUUAUGAGUUAUAAAGGGCAGGGAUACGACAACGGUAGCAACAUGAAAGGAAAAUAUAAAGGUGUACAAUUUAGAAUAAUUGCUCUAAAACCCCAUGUGCCUUGCCUAACACAUUCUUUUAAUUUAUUAAUUUGUGAUGCCGCUUCCAGAAGUAUAAAUUGUAAAAAUUUUUUUAGGAUAUUACAACGUUAUAUUGCUUAUUUUCUGCAUCUACAAAAAUAUGGGAAAUUCUACAAAAGCAUUUAAACAUUACUCUUAAACCAUUAUGCGACACUCGUUGGGAAGCCAAAAUAAAUUUGGUUAAAGCAGUGUAUACACAGUUGGAACAAACUUGUAAUGCUCUAGAAGAAUUUAUUGAUGUAAGUAACGAUAAUACAGCGGUAUCCGAAGUCAAAAGUCUAUUGGAUUCAAUACAAGAAAUGCCAUUUAUUUUAUGUUUAAUAGUAUGGUUUGCAAUGUUGUCUAAAAUUAACGCUAUCAAUAUACUAUUUCAAACAAAAACAAUUAUUCUUGAC